AUGGAAAUACCAACUGAAUGUCAAACGAAGAGUAAGAGUAUACUGGAAUUAAUCCUUACAAUUUUAAGAAUCGUAUGUAUUUCAUGUAUAUGGGGAAUGAUUUUAGUUGUUUGCAUAUUGAUUAUACUUAUUACUAUAAUUCAAUCGAAUCAAUAUUCUAAUAUAUUUCCAAAUCAACUUAGUAUUGCAAAUCUUCAUUCAAUUGUUCCUUGCUACUGUAAAGAUAAAAAAACCUUUGAAUAUUCGUAUUAUUAUCUGAAUUCCAACCCUCAAGUGCAAAGCUAUACUCUAGAUCAUUUUACUAUGAUACAUGGAUUGGGAUCGGACAUAUGCAUGUUUGGAGAAGAUAAUCUCAAGGAAAAAGGAAUUUUGAUAAUGUUCUUUCCAGGGAAUGCAUUCUCUGCUAUAGAAACCUUAUUAUCAUUGAGAAAGAUGUAUUACCAGAGAUAUAACGAGGAUGUAUGCGUUGCAACAAUGAUAUAUAAAGGAUUGGGAAUGAACCUCAAGCCAUCUGAAGCAAAUCUUAAAAAAGACAUUGAUCAGUUUAAUAGACAUGUAAAUGAUUUGAACCAGGACACCACAUUUAUGAUACGUGGAUUUUCUAUAGGAUGUGCACCAGCAAUAUACUUAGCGUCUAAAAUUAAAAAACCAGAUAAUACAGAUCACAAAUUGAUAAUACAGAAUCCUUUCAGAAGUAUGAGCACGAUAGUGAGAGAAAUACUUCCGAAGACGAUUGGAUCAUUUAUUGCUCUUUUUAUAGAUAAAUGGGAUAAUGAAGCAGAAUUAUUGAAUGUUGAUCCAAAUAUCAAAGUUUACUUGUUUAUUUCUAAUCAGGAUAAUUUAAUCGACCCUAAAACAAAUCAGUUAGUGCUUAGUAAGUCACUGGGAAACACGCAAAAGCAAGGUCAUUUUGUGGAGAUUAAAAAAGAUACGUCUCACGAGGAUGCACAUAAUCUUAACUUUGGGAAGGAAGCCGCUAAUAUUUUUGAUGAGCUUUAUGAAAAAAAGUUCAGUAACAGAAAAGUUAAGCGAAUUACUUAUCCGGAAGAGGAUAAUAAUGCCUUCGACUUCUGA